CUUACUUUUCGGCCCAGUGCCUUUCGGGCGUCAAAAAUUGCAGACGCGUCCCGUUUCCGAAGCCGCGAGGUCCCACAAAGCCAGAAUGCAGGACUUCUCCUCCAGGGAUCUCAGAAUUUAUACCUCGGCCGGAAAGUGGGGAUGACACGAGCAUGGUGGCGACUGGUACUUGAUGGGGGUAUACUAAGCACGCAUUCGCGAAGACGCAUAAGGAGAAUAGUAGUGGGGAUCGAAAUACGGGCGAAAAAGAGGGGAAGCCUGUUCUCAUCUUCCCGUGCUGUCUCCCACUGCUUCUUUUCUGCCCCACUUAGGUUACCUAUGACCAUUGGGGACAUGUCUAAUAAUGCCAUAGGUAAGUGGGAGGGCACAGUAGUGGGGAGAGCAUGGGAAGAGGAGACGUUCUGCAUUCUGGCAGAGCUGCAUGUAUAAGGCUGCUACUCUUUAGUAAUCUUUCCUCGGUGCUAGCUGCUAGCACUUAGCUAUUCAGGAGAGACACGAAGAUAUCGUACAAAUCCUCGUAGAUCAGAGUGUCGAUAUAAACUUGAAAACUGAAAUGGGUGAGACUCUGCUUCAUUUUGUUGCGCGAGUAGGAGAAGAAGAAACUCUCCAGUUGCAAAUUGAGGGAGGAGCUGACGUAGAUGCCAAAAACAAAAAUGGAGUAACGGCGCUGCACCUAGCCAUUCAGGAGGGACACGAAAAUAUCGUGAAAAUUCUCGUAGAUCAGGGUGCCGAUAUCAACUCGAAAACUAAAUGGGGCGAGACACCACUUUAUUGGGCUGCGCGAGUAGGUCUAGAAGACACUCUCAGGUUGCUACUCGAAAGAGGAGCUGACGUGCAUACGAAAGACGAAAAUGGAUUAACGACGUUGCACCUAGCCAUUCUGACAGGACACCAACAUAUCGUACAAAUCCUCGUAGAUCAGAAUGCCGAUAUAAACUCGAAAACUGGAAUGAAUGAUACACCGCUUCAUUUUGCUGCGCGAGUAGGAGUAGAAGAAACUCUCUGGUUGCUAAUUGAGGGAGGAGCUGACGUAGAUGCCGUAAACGAAGUUGGAGAAACGGCACUGCACCUAGCCAUUCAAAGGGAAUACGUAGAUAUCGUGAAAAUUCUCGUAGAUCAGGGUGCCGAUAUCAACUUGAAAAAUAAAUGGGGCGAGACACNGUGA